CUGUCUGUUGCCACUAAACCAGUGCCUAACUUUGCAGCACUCCUUGGGGAUUACACUCUAACCUUCUGAGCGCGCCAUGUGCACGCUCCUCAGCGUCUGGUUACAGCGUCUGUUGCCAUGUGGAUACAAGGCUGUGUUCAUGUUAGAAGUAUGAAGAAGCUGAGUAAAUUUGUCACUCUUUCUGAAAGUGAGUUUCGGAGACACGACAAGGCCUAAUACACAGGGGCCCGGUGACGUUCACGGAUGUGACUGUGGACUUUACUCAAGAGGAAUGGGAGCACCUGGACCCCGCGCAGCGGAUCCUGUACAUGGAUGUGAUGCUGGAGAACUACAGCAACUUACUCUCAGUGGAAGUGUGGAAGGCAGACGACCAGAUGGCGGGGGACCUCAGGAACCCCGACAGGCAGGACAGGCCGUUUCUCAUCCUCAAGAACCGAGCCCCGGCGGAGGAGAGAGGUAAUCUCUCUGAGAAAGCGUUCAAUCUGAGCACGGACUUUGUUGCUUUGAGACAAGCAUCUCACAAACACGACCUCUAUGAAACAACGCUGCGGUGCAAAGCCGACUUGCUGAGUCGCCACGGGUGCAGCGCCAGGAAGCCAGCCGAGGAGCACGGCCGCGGCGUCGGGUUUGGGGGAGCCCUCCUGUGCCUGAAGGAGGAGCAGACCUCCCCGGGGCCGGAGUACCCUGCCUUCAGCAAGAGUGGGAGAGCCCUGGGCCACACGGAAGCCAUUUUCAAGCAUCCAAAAAUCAAAAACUUGGCUCAGCCCUUCGUUUGCAACUACUGCGACAAGGCCUUCUCCUUCAAGUCGCUGCUCGUCAGUCACAAGCGGAUCCACACGGGCGAGAAGCCCUACGAGUGCAGCGUGUGCCAGAAGACCUUCUCGCACAAGGCCAACCUCAUCAAGCACCAGCGCAUCCACACCGGCGAGAAGCCCUUCGAGUGCCCCGAGUGCGGCAAGACCUUCAGCCAGCGGUCCACGCUCAUCGUGCACCAGCGCGCCCACCUGGAGAAGAAGCCCUACGAGUGCCGGGACUGCGGCAAGACCUUCGCCCAGAAGUUCGAGCUCACCACCCACCAGAGGAUCCACACGGGCGAGCGGCCCUACGCGUGCGGCGAGUGCGGCAAGACCUUCUUCAAGAAGUCCAACCUCAUCAUCCACCGGAAGAUCCACACGGGCGAGAAGCGCUACGCGUGCGCCGAGUGCGGCAAGUCCUUCAUCCAGAACUCCCAGCUCAUCAUCCACAUGCGCACGCACACGGGCGAGAAGCCCUACGCGUGCGCCGAGUGCGGCAAGACCUUCAGCCAGCGGUCCACGCUCAGGCUGCACGUGCGCAUCCACACCGGGGAGAAGCCCUACGCGUGCGCCCAGUGCGGCAAGGCCUUCAGCCGCAAGUCACGGCUCAGCGUCCACCAGAGAGUCCACACGGGGGACAAGCCCUGAGGCGGCACCUGGGUGGGGCCAGAGGACCCUCCCGACGUCGGGUGGGCUGCUGAAGGAACACUGGAGCACACAGCAUCGCCGACCAGCAUUGUCCCGUGGUGAGCCGUGACACCCAGCUGAAGAGGCCAGAGCAGAGGAUGUCCAGCUGUAAAUAGACCACUCGGCUGCCCUGCGGUGAGCUCUUUAACGGCCAGGCUGGGUGGAAUGUCCCAAGCAACAAUGUGAAGGGCACAGGGUGCGCCGGGGACACAACGGCACUGUGGUGGCGGUUUGUGAGACGAUGUCCCCGUGCGCACGUGUAUUGAGCGCAGUCAAGGGGGAUUUGAGACUCUUGUCCCGCGUGACAAUUAGGACACAUCAGAGAAGGCACCUCAUAAGUGCACACAGCACGUGUUCUUCAGUGCACCGACACCCUGGGUGCAUUCAGGAUGAAAUGCGGAUGGGGCCGGCGGGAGCAUGGAGGGGGCCUCUCUUUCUCCCGCUACUUGGUCAUCCUGCUGCCUCUUCUGCCGACAAAAGGCCAGGUUGAUGUCACUUGCUUUGGGGUUCGCAGAGGAUGUACGAGGAGAGCUGAUCAAAGUGUUCGUGUCUGAGGCCAGUCACAGGGAUCAGAGUGCCGUUACCCAGUACACACCACGGACACCCUCCCCUGCACCCUCCCCCCUGCGAUCUCUGGGUGGGGUAUCUGCAUAUAAAUGCAUGAGUGCUACUAAACAGUCGCCCCAGAAACCCCCCCAUUGUUAAACCUGUGUGCUGCCUUGUUUCUCUUGUCUUGCAGAGGUGUUAGCUACCUUUCAGCAACCCCGAGAUUAAUUUAUUUUGCGUUAACUGUC